CACAUCUCUAUCAUUCGCUAUUCUGAGUUUGCUAGAUCCAGUCGCUGCGGGUAUUUUCCAUAGUUAAGAUAGCAACAAGAUGUCCGCUACUGAAGGCAAAGUAAUCAACUGCAAAGCUGCUGUCGCCUGGGAGGCUAAGAAGCCACUUGUAAUUGAAGAUAUCGAAGUGGCACCCCCAAAGGCCCAUGAAGUACGCAUAAAGAUUACGGCAACAGGUGUGUGCCACACGGAUGCAUUUACGUUGAGCGGCGCCGAUCCUGAAGGUUUGUUUCCUUCCGUGCUGGGCCACGAGGGCGCCGGCAUUGUGGAGAGCGUCGGUGAGGGCGUGACCAAUUUCAAAGCCGGCGAUCAUGUCAUCGCGCUGUACAUUCCCCAAUGCAAUGAUUGCAAAUUCUGUUUGAGCGGUAAAACCAAUCUCUGCCAGAAAAUUCGCAUCACACAGGGCGCUGGAGUUAUGCCCGAUGGCACAUCGCGCUUCACGUGCAAGGGCAAGCAACUAUUCCAUUUCAUGGGCACUUCUACAUUUUCGGAAUACACCGUUGUCGCUGAUAUUUCUCUGACCAAAGUCAAUGAGACUGCGCCCCUGGACAAGGUGUGCCUCCUGGGCUGUGGAAUUUCCACUGGCUACGGAGCUGCUCUGAACACUGCCAAGGUGGAACCCGGCAGUACCUGCGCUGUUUGGGGGCUGGGUGCGGUUGGAUUGGCCGUUGGACUGGGCUGCAAGAAGGCUGGAGCCAGCAAGAUUUAUGGUAUUGACAUCAAUCCCUCUAAAUUCGAAUUGGCCAAGCGUUUCGGCUUCACAGACUUUGUAAACCCCAAGGAAGUCGCUGACAAGGGCGCAAUUCAGAACUAUUUAAUUGAUUUGACCGAUGGUGGCUUUGAUUACACCUUUGAAUGCAUUGGCAAUGUAAACACAAUGCGCGCUGCUCUCGAGGCCACUCACAAGGGCUGGGGCACAUCAGUGGUUAUAGGUGUGGCUGGUGCUGGACAGGAGAUUUCCACACGACCAUUCCAAUUGGUCGUAGGCCGUGUGUGGAAGGGAUCUGCUUUUGGUGGCUGGCGCUCGGUUUCGGAUGUACCUAAACUUGUGGACGCCUACUUAAAAAAGGAUCUCCUUGUGGACGAGUUCAUUACGCACGAGAUGCCAUUGGCCAAAAUCAACGAAGCAUUCGAUCUAAUGCACAAUGGCGAGAGCAUUCGUAGCAUAAUUAAGUACUAAUACGUCCAACAUGUGAACAUAAAUAUUUUUAUAUACUUUUUUUUAAUUAUGUACAUGCCGAGCAACUGUAUGAAAUAAUAAAUAUGAAUACCCCAGUGCACAAAACACA